GGAGCCCCGCUCUCUCUGAUCGCUCCUCUCCCUCCUCUCGCUCAUCCCGUCCCUCCGGUCCCUGCCGAGGGUGCUGCCUCUGGCUCCUCGGCGAGAGGGGAGAACAACUCUCUGCCUCUCCAAGGAGACUGGCCGGUGGCCACCCGGCCAGAACUUGCCCAUUGAAAGCGAGCCCCGGAACAGCCGGAGAAUGUCCACCCCGAGCCGAUUCAAAAAGGACAAAGAGAUCAUAGCCGAGUAUGAAAGUCAAGUGAAAGAAAUCCGAGCUCAACUGGUUGAGCAACAAAAAUGCCUCGAGCAGCAGACAGAGAUGCGAGUCCAGCUACUCCAGGACCUGCAAGAUUUCUUCCGGAAAAAAGCUGAAAUUGAGACAGAAUAUUCCCGGAACCUGGAGAAGUUGGCGGAAAGGUUCAUGGCCAAAACAAGAAGCACUAAGGAUCACCAGCAGUUCAAGAAGGACCAGAACCUGUUGUCUCCAGUGAACUGCUGGUACUUACUCCUGAACCAAGUGAGGAGGGAGAGCAAAGACCACGCCACCCUGAGCGACAUCUAUCUGAACAAUGUCAUUAUGCGGUUCAUGCAGAUCAGCGAGGAUUCCACUCGGAUGUUUAAAAAGAGCAAAGAGAUUGCAUUCCAGCUGCACGAGGACUUAAUGAAGGUUCUUAACGAGCUCUACACGGUGAUGAAGACGUACCACAUGUACCACGCAGAGAGCAUCAGUGCAGAGAGCAAACUCAAAGAAGCCGAGAAACAAGAGGAGAAGCAAAUCGGGCGGUCCGGCGAUCCCGUCUUCCAUAUCAGACUAGAAGAGAGGCAUCAACGGCGUAGCUCUGUAAAGAAAAUUGAAAAAAUGAAGGAAAAGAGACAAGCAAAAUACUCGGAAAAUAAGCUGAAGUCGAUUAAAGCACGGAACGAAUAUCUCCUAACACUCGAGGCAACCAAUGCCUCCGUGUUCAAGUAUUAUAUUCACGAUCUCUCGGACUUAAUUGAUUGCUGUGAUCUUGGCUACCAUGCAAGUCUGAACAGAGCCCUCAGAACGUAUCUCUCGGCAGAGUACAACCUUGAAACCUCCAGACAUGAAGGCUUAGACAUUAUUGAAAAUGCUGUUGACAAUUUAGAGCCAAGGAGUGACAAGCAGAGAUUCAUGGAGAUGUACCCUGCUGCCUUCUGUCCACCAAUGAAGUUUGAGUUUCAGUCUCAUAUGGGUGAUGAGGUGUGUCAGGUCAGUGCCCAGCAGCCAGUCCAGGCAGAGCUCAUGCUCCGGAACCAACAGCUGCAGUCCAGGCUGGCCACACUCAAGAUCGAGAACGAGGAGGUCAAGAAAACGACUGAAGCCACCCUCCAGACGAUCCAAGAUAUGGUCACUAUUGAGGACUAUGACGUGUCCGAGUGCUUCCAGCACAGCCGCUCCACCGAGUCUGUGAAGUCCACUGUGUCUGAAACCUACCUGAGCAAGCCCAGCAUCGCCAAGAGGCGUGCUAACCAGCAAGAGACGGAGCACUUCUACUUCAUGAAACUCCGAGAGUUCUUGGAGGGCAGCAAUCUCAUCACGAAGCUUCAGGCUAAGCACGACUUACUGCAGAGGACUCUGGGAGAAGGUCAUAGAGCUGAAUAUAUGACUACAAGGCCUCCAAACGUCCCCCCUAAGCCCCAGAAACACAGGAAGUCCAGGCCCCGCUCCCAGUAUAAUGCUAAGUUGUUUAAUGGGGAUUUGGAGACAUUCGUCAAGGACUCGGGCCAGGCCAUCCCUCUCAUUGUGGAAAGCUGUAUUCGAUUCAUCAACCUGUAUGGUCUUCAACACCAGGGGAUUUUCAGAGUGUCUGGUUCCCAAGUGGAAGUGAAUGAUAUCAAAAACUCCUUUGAGAGAGGUGAGAACCCUUUGGCUGACGACCAGAGCAACCAUGAUAUCAACUCUGUGGCCGGUGUUCUGAAGCUCUACUUCCGUGGACUGGAAAACCCCCUCUUUCCCAAGGAAAGGUUUAACGACCUCAUCUCUUGUAUCAGAAUAGAUAAUCUCUAUGAGAGGGCGCUUCACAUCCGUAAACUCCUCUUGACCCUGCCCAGGUCGGUCCUCAUAGUGAUGAGGUAUCUGUUUGCCUUUCUGAAUCAUCUUUCCCAAUACAGUGACGAGAACAUGAUGGACCCUUAUAAUCUGGCCAUUUGCUUUGGCCCAACACUGAUGCCAGUUCCAGAGAUACAGGACCAAGUGUCUUGCCAGGCACAUGUGAACGAAAUCGUAAAGACCAUCAUCAUCCACCAUGAGGCUAUUUUUCCCGAUGCUAAAGAGCUGGAUGGCCCCGUCUAUGAGAAAUGCAUGGCUGGAGGCGACUACUGCGACAGCCCGUACAGUGAGCACGGCACGUUGGAGGAAGUGGACCAAGAUGCCGGCACAGAGCCCCACACCAGUGAAGAUGAGUGUGAGCCAAUCGAAGCAAUAGCAAAGUUUGACUAUGUCGGGCGGUCUGCUAGAGAGCUGUCCUUUAAGAAGGGUGCGUCCCUGCUGCUGUAUCACCGAGCCUCUGAGGACUGGUGGGAAGGCAGACACAACGGGAUUGACGGGCUUGUGCCUCAUCAGUACAUAGUGGUGCAAGACAUGGACGAUACAUUUUCAGACACUCUGAGCCAAAAAGCUGACAGUGAAGCCAGCAGUGGGCCAGUGACUGAAGACAAGUCAUCAUCCAAGGACAUGAACUCUCCCACUGACCGCCAUUCUGACAGCUAUUUAGCCAGGCAAAGAAAAAGAGGAGAACCACCCCCUCCAGGAAGACGUCCUGGCAGGACCAGUGAUGGCCAUUGUCCCCUCCAUCCCCCGCAUACUCUUUCUAACUCUUCAAUUGACCUGGGGUCCCCAAACCUAGCCAGUCACCCCAGGGGCCUGCUGCAAAAUCGUGGCCUCAACAAUGACAGUCCUGAGAGGCGGCGGCGCCCAGGCCAUGGCAGCCUGACUAACAUCAGCCGGCAUGACUCCCUUAAGAAGAUCGACAGCCCUCCUAUCAGGAGGUCUACAUCAUCAGGCCAGUACACAGGCUUCAAUGACCACAAGCCACUCGACCCAGAAACAAUUGCUCAGGAUAUCGAAGAGACCAUGAACACGGCCUUGAAUGAACUCCGUGAACUAGAGAGACAGAGCACAGUGAAGCACGCCCCUGAUGUAGUGCUGGACACCUUGGAACAAGUGAAAAACUCGCCCACCCCUGCCACUUCCAUGGAAUCUCUUAGCCCAUUGCACAGCGUCUCCCUCAGGAGCUCAGAGCCUCAGAUCCGCCGGAGCACCAGCUCAUCCAGUGAUACCAUGAGUACUUUCAAGCCCAUGGUGGCGCCCAGGAUGGGCGUACAGCUGAAGCCCCCAGCCCUUAGGCCAAAGCCUGCUGUUCUUCCAAAAACAAAUCCUACGGUAGGGCCCGCCGCACCGUCCCAGGGUCCCACAGACAAAUCUUGCACAAUGUAGAAACCGAGGUUGUGAGGGGAGGAAGUUUGAAAGUAAAGAUGGAUUAGUGACAAGAGUCAGUGACCUGUGACGUUUCUUAGUCUUGUGCUUAUAACUGGAGAUCUUUGGACUUUUCUACAUUGUCAAAUGUAAUGAUGUCUGGGACUAGCUAAAUUAACAUGGGCAUUUGUAUUUUGUAACUUUUUUAAUAACUGGACCUAUGUCAUUUUAAAGACAAUAGAAACACUUAGACUUACUUGAAAAUCCAAUGCUGCACCCCUUGUAACGAAGGCAACACCUCACCCCACAUGGUAUAUGGCUUUGGAUUUAGUGUAGCCCACAGGUGAGCAUCCUGCAAGCAAGAGAGAACCCAAGUUCCAGGUCUUUCUGGAGCGUCACCUGGCGUGGUCUGUGACACCUGGGGAAGAACACCCAGAGUGGGGUCCAGCACCUGUUAAAAGUCACAGAGGGGAGCUGCAGUGGGACCUUCAGUUCAUGGCUUGAAGGGGUUCAAGGAUGGCCCCUUCUAUAAAUGUCAUUCCCCUGGAUCCGGGUUAAAGACUCAAUGGAAGAGGGUAGAAGAAACUCAAUACGGCUUGACCUGAACCUGGAGACAGCAAAGGAGACAGCGUCUCCAGAGCUGUGGGUAUCAUUCCCUCCACGGACGUGAGAUGUUCAAGUCCACCUGCUACACAUUUUCAAAGGACUAGAGCAGAUGAAUGUUGAGGACUUUCUGAUUACACCACAAACUGGUGUAGUUGUUCAGUAACUGCCUAAGAAAUACUUCUACCCUCCCUAAAACCCCACGUCCUCCUUGAUGGCAAUGGGAAAAGCAAAUGGGAAUGAAUCCUUGGUUCCUUUAUGCCACAGAGGCCCAAUGGUCACAGAUCAGAACCCCCAGCUCUGCUGCCCACAUCUCUUUGAGCCAAGCCAGAUCUGGCUACGGUACCGAGUGAGAGUCAUGCCAGGCCACCAUGGGAAGAUGACCUUCUGGUGCCAGGAUCGUUUCUUCCCAGUUUUGUACCUCAGAAUCAUGACUUCUGUUCUUGUCCUAUUUGUGUUUGAUUUGUUCUUUUGGAUUUUGCCUGUGAUCUCUACAGAAAUCCUAGUCAAAUGGACUCAAUUAGGAACUUCUUUCCCUGGCAUUUUAGCUGAUAGCCAUUGUUCUUUAUCAUAUAUUUACUAUUUUUUCCUCUAGCUUAAAAAAAUGGUAGAUUUUGUGUUUAGUGCUGGGAUUGAACCGGAAUCCUCUCGCAUGCAAAGCACACACACACUCUACCACUGAGCUAUAGGCCUCCCCUCUCCACCGCCGUCAAUCUGAACACUGUUUCUACUAGGGUACAGAUCGCCCUCCUGGCAGCAGCAGCUGAUGUCUGCAUUAGCACAGUACUUCCUGAUGAAGCAAGCAGAUGGCUCAGAAUGAGCCCCUUUGGACACACCAUUAAUUACCUUCUAGGCUUAAUUUCAAACUGGCAUGCCCACCUCAGAGUGGCACAGCGUCAACGAUAAUUCAAGCAGGAACAAAUUAAGAUCCAUACCAAAAAUCAAGACCAUGACUGAUGGCUACCUCAGUUUGCCAAUCUAAUCAUUCUGUUGCAGGGGGGAAAUAUAUGAAUGGGAUAGUCCCUUAAGUCACCCUCCUCCCUGCCCCCAGGUACUUCCUGGUAUGGUAAGGUUUUAAACUUCGAGAUUGCCAGAUGGUAAUGGUGAAAGCCUUUAAUCCCAGCACUCAGGAGGCAGAGGCAGGCAGAUCUCUGAGUUCAAGGCCAGCCUGGUCUACAGAGAGUGUUCCAGGACAGCCAUGGCUACACAGAGAAAAAUAACUCAAAAUUUUCAGAACCAUUCUUUUUGGCCAUUUUGAAAAAGAAAUCGUAGAGACCCAGCCAGGAUUGAGCUUUUCCAGACACUGAGCUUUUUAAACAGACCCACCUCUGGUUUCCUUGGAAACUGCCCAUUUAUUAGAAAAUACUGACUGUCAGAACCAUUUUUUGUCUUUGAUGAAAGAUAGCCAACAAAAGGUGUAAGAAGCUUUUUGAAUUUAGUUGUAAAUACCUUUUUCUUAAGCUUUUAUUUUAGCUUUUCCGAUCUUACUACUAUAACAAACUUCCUUCAAACAGCUCUCUGGCAAUCCCUGACCUAACCCACCCCUACUGCCACCCCACUGUCUUCUGUGUGUCUAUCUAUGCCCCCUAGAUCAGGACUUUGCUGCCUUUAAGGCCAAAGGCCAGGCUUUUGUAGACCCCCUGGAACCUUCCUUCCUUUACCCACACCCCCAUCUUUUCUCCAGAAGUCCUAUCGACAUUUAUGGACUUAUGUCUCUCAUAUGGCAACAAAGCCUUCAGGAAAGCAGUCACCUGUUCUUCCUUUGCUUAAUGAUGGGUCAACUGUUUCACAUCUGAAGUGGGUACCCUAUGAGCCAUGCACAGAAUAAUUUAAGAUUCAGUGUCCCCUGCACAGAGGAUCCUAAAAUCUGUCAGGAGAGCUAAAAGCUGCCACAGCUGAGACAAUUCACCCAAUUUAAGUCACCCAUGUAGUACCCAAGGAAAGGAAGGAAAUGAACCGUGAGGGGUUCUGUCCUCUCCCCAUUCCCAGAUCUUAGAGUCCGUAUACAGUUCAGGGACAGGAUCAUUUGAUGAACAAACUAUAGCCCUCAACAAUGCCCGACUCCGUGGACAAAAUAUCCACCAUGUGUUUGUGUCCUGUCUAAAGAACCCUGCCACAAAUUUGCAAAACCCUUUGGUAUGAGUUGGCAGUUUGAGGAAUGGAUUGGUAAGAACUGAGUGCAUUUUUAAAGAGUAUCUCAAUAUUCAAACUGUUGAGGAUGUUCUGUGGAGCUCAAGCUCUAGUCGCAAGUCAACACCAUUGUGCAACAGUUUUACUUGCGUUCACACAACAUAAUCCAACUUUGAUGCCCCGUGAUCCAUAAUUCAUAAUGAGGUCCCACUUACUGUACUAUCUUAGUCAUGAGUAAUUAUCAGUGGAUAAAGGACUCCCAAGGGUCAGACAGUCUCUUGCGUUUUCUGUCUCCAUACAUUUGCCAUUCCCAAAGUGGCUUUCUAAUUUAAUUAAGAAGAGUGGGGUGAUGGUGGUGGUGGUCUCUGCAUUCAGCAAUUGCUCGGCCUCUGUUGUCUACAAACUGAAGGAAGCCAUGAUCUGACAUCUGAAAUCCAACAGUAAAGAGACAGAGUCCACCAAGAGCUCAGAUUUGAGUUGAUAUUUAUUCCUGACCAAGGUAGAAAAGACCACAAAUGCAGGAAAUUCAUUUGGGAUGCCACAUCUCCUCUAUUUGCCACUGAGACCCCUGAGAGUCUAGAACUGAAGGCUCUACCUAUGUGCAAAUAGAGGCCCCUAUCUCAGACCCUCCCCCCAGAGCCCCACUCAAGCUCCAGCUGGGCUGGAGCAUCAGGCUUGCAUCAGGAAGACUUCAGCACAGAUAGUAAAGCCAGAGGCUGAGUUUAGCUUUCACUCAUCCUAGUAUACUUUAACGUCAAAAGAAAUGUCUCAGUGGUAUAAUCAAAAUGGGUACCUGUAUCUUUAAAUUAUAUAGGGAGUUUUGUAUGUUUAAAUAAUUGUACUGGGUUCCAUAAUGCUUAUCUUAGAAACUAGUAAAAGAAAAAUAUAUAAACUGUGCAUCUGUGAAUGCCCCUCCGUAGAGCGGUCAUCUAAGUUCCGUGUGUAGCGUGAUGGUUGCUGUAGAUAUUUAAAGUGUAGUAGGUGGCUGUGUUGACGGGAGGCUGCCCUUCUCCUGCAUUCUUAAAAGUAACUCCUGCCCACAUAACUAAAAGUCAGUAUUGUCCUUUCUUGUCAGCUUGGUCAGUUGCAGUACCGGUAGCUUCCUGCUUGUGACAGUCACCUAAUUGUGUCAAUGUACAUCUGUAGUAUGUACAUGUGAAAGUGCCUUCCUAUCCUAGAGGAGUGUAGCCUUGCUCUUGUACUGUUGUUCACUAUGUCCUGUCCAUCAAGUCCCACUGCCCACUGGGGGGUUCCGCCACCCCCUCCCACCCCCGCCACGUCUUCUGGCCUCUGUGCUCAGUCGCGUGUGUCUUGCAUCCAUGUGGAUUAUCAGACUGUCCCGUUACCCUCAUAGACGUGACCGUGCCUUUCUCGCCAUCCACCCCAUUGUUUCCCAUCAUGCCCCACUCACACUGCUGCCUGCCAUCCCGUCCCCUUGCUCUAUACUGGCUUUCCAGUGCACCCCCCUCCUCUCCGAGGUGAAGAGAAAGGGGGUGCUUUUCCAGUCUUGGAAGAAGAAAAUGUUUUGUUAAUCUGUCGUGAGAACGCACUUUUCUGUAUAGUACUGUACUUUUUGGCAUGUACCAUUCAUUACAGGCUUCAGUAUACAGUCGGGUUUGUUCUUCAAGGAGUAGCUUUAUAAUAAAUAUGAUAGUUCUGGCUA